AUGGCUCUCGAUUCAUCUUCCCAGAGUCAGAACUAUGACUAUGACUCAAUGCAGCCGUAUUUCUACUUUGAGGAGGAACAGCAGCAGCACAGCAGAUUACAGCCUCCGGCCCCCAGUGAAGAGAUCUGGAAGAAGUUUGAGCUCUUUACCACCCCACCAGUUUCUCCCAGUCACAGGUCCAGUCUUUCCAGCCUGGUUUUAUCCUCUGAAGACCAGUUAGAGAUGGUCACUGAGUUUCUUGGAGGGGAUAUGGUGAAUCCAAGCUUUAUACAUGAGCCUGAUGAUGAGACCUCUGCCAAUUCCAUAAUUAUACAGGAUUGUAUGUGGAGUGGCUUCUCUGCAGCAGCCAAGUCGGAGAAAGUGGUCUCUGAAAAGCUGCCAUCUUACCAGCUAUCCAGGAAGGAGGGCUCCUUGUCUUCACACAACCAGCCUCAGCAGCAGAUCCUGCAGAAGACUCACUCUGGCCAUGAGAGUCCAGUAAGGUCCAGUCAUAGCCACCUGCAGGACCUUAGUUCUGGCUGUAUUGAUCCAUCUGUGGGUUUUCCAUGUCCAGUCAGUGCAACAAUCUCAAAAGCCAACCCAACCCACCUGGUCAAAGAUUUAACCAUGGACACUCCACCCAUCAGAAGUGACAGCAAUAGCAGUACUCCACCCAUCAGCAGUGACCGCAAUAGCAAACAAGAUGAUGAACCAGACCAUGAGGAAGAUAAAGACGAGACUGGAGUUGUCACCAUAGAGAAAAGGCAAUUGGCAUCAAAGAAAGCUGAAUUAAGCUCUUGUUCACAGCGAUCCCAACUUCACCGCAGCCCGGCUUUAAAGAGAUGUCACGUAUGCAAUGAUCAGCACAAUUAUGCUGCAACUCCCUCUACCAAAGCCGAUUACCCUUCCUCAAAAAGGACACGGUUAGAAAGCAAGACUAGAGUCCUUGAUAAGGUCAGUAACCACAGUAAAUGCACAAGCCCAAGGACGCCAGGCCAGAAAAGGUCAUAUAACACAAGGUCACACAACGUCUUGGAGAGAAAAAGAAGGAAAGAACUUAGGUUGAGUUUCAUUGCUCUCCGUGACCAGAUACCAGAAAUAGCACACAACGAGAAAGCAUCAACACUUGUAAUCCUUAAAAAAGCAACAGAAUAUAUUCUGUCAAAGCGGGAAGAUGAGCGAUGGCUGUCAAAGCGGGAAGAUGAGCGAUGGUUUUCAAGAGAAGUAGACAAACUGAGAAUGAGAAAUAAACAACUAAAACAAAAACUGAAUCAGCUAAGGAAAUUUGGUAUUUAA